AAGCUGCGAAUGCAAGAGAGAAAAGGAAUAUUAGAAUUCAAGGUGCAAUUGAUUAGGAGGACUUGAGUGAAUCUCUCAAGUGCUAAUUAAACUGGGUGUCACUUCAUACUCGUGGGUACGUUUCCUGUGGAGGAGGAGUGUCCUCGGUUUCCAGCAGUGGUCGCACCCAUUGGAGGAAGGACAGCGGUUCGCAUUAUUAUGCGAAAAUAUUGACGACAAGGUCUCUGUGAUCCGGGUGAAUCGGGUCUCUGUGAAUCGGCCGGCGGUGAUCUGAUAAUAACUGAGACAUCGAAGCUCCGAGGAAGACAUGUCUGACAGCGAGGAUACGGAUGGCUCGUGCGGCGAGUGGCCUGUCACCAAGGAGUGGUUGGAGAGCUUGUUGACUGUGCAUCACGGGGAAGGAUCUCAGGUUACCGUUGACGACUUCACCGUGCGGCCCGGUUGCACAGCUGGUGAGAGCGUCCUCAGCGACAUCCUUGCAGUCAACGUUGAUUACAGAACAAAACCGGAUGACGCACGGAACGAAUUGAGCGUCAUCGUCAAGCUCCUGCCCCAGGAUCCAUUCAGUCGGUUCUUCGUCACCGAGGCUCAAUUCGAUCUACGUGAAAUAAAAUUCUACACCCAGGUCGUUCCCGACCUGGAGGCGUUCCAGAAGCGGCAAUUAUCAUCACCGGACAGUGGAAUCGAGCUGCCAAUUCCUGCAUGCGUGCACGCUCACUACAGUCCAGCGGGUGGCACCGAAGACAGUCCCGAGCCACCAGAGUCCUUCCUGGUCCUGGAGAAUCUUCGUCCAAGGGGCUUCGAAGGGGCUGAAUUUUCGCGUGGCUUGACCCUGAGACAGGCGGAAGCUGCCCUGAGCGCCGUGGCUUGCCUUCAUGGAUUGUCACUGGCUCUCAAGACCAAGGAAGGUCGUCCGCUGUCGGAGCGUUAUCCGUUCCUCUUCCAAACGGCCAGGGCGACGGAUUCGUACCAGCAACUGGUAGAGCGUGGCUUGCCCCAGCUGGCUAGAUUCCUGGAGAGAAGACCAGGACUCGAAGCCGUCCUGGAAGCGCUCCUCGCUCUGCGCCCACGCACCAAGGAGAUAAUCGCCGCUCUUCUCGCACCGGAGGAUCCCCUCGCGCUGAUCACUCACACCGACUUCUGGUGCAACAAUCUUCUCUUCAAGGACGCCGAAGACGGUACCUGCAAGUGCGCCAUCCUCGACUGGCAAAUGGUUACCUACAGUCGUCCCACCAACGACAUCGCUCUGCUCCUCGUCAGUUCAGCGCCCACCGAGCUACGCCGAAGACACACCCAGUCCCUCCUGGACAAAUAUUGGGACGCCCUGACUGCCACCUGCACCAGUCUUGGUCUCGAUAUCCCUAAGGACCUCAACUACACUAGGGACGACCUCAACAGGGAUUACAGGCGCUCUCAAUUACUUGCACUGUUACUAUGCAUAGGAUCCGUGGACGUUGCGCUGGGUGAUCCGCUGACUGAGCAGCGUCUCAUCGACGUCCUCGAAGAUCUUCACAAUGACGGUAUCCUCAGCGGCGAGACGGCAGACGUUAAGGCGACAGGCCCGUAAUAUUUUGACUUUCUCAAAUUAAUAUUUAUAUCACGGCGAUAUCGUUGGUUACACGCGAGCGCAAAACAGGCGAGUUGGCAAGCGUACGAGCAAUCGAAUGGAAAAAUGCAUAGAAGAAAGAGGAAGUGAGCAGCAGGAGGAAGAAGAAAAGAAAAAGAGGAAGCAACAGUGAAACGAAUGAUGACGCAAAUUAGAAACGAUUACUGAAAAAUGCUCGUAACUCGUCUCAUCUUUGAAGCUACGAAUGUGUCCAAAGUAAAUAUGCAUGCUGAACGAGAAUCUAGUGGCUUUAAGCGUGCUUUUAACGCGCGCACGUAAAAGCUUUCUGCGAGCAGAGCGACUCGAAGGAUUUUUAUUUAUAUUAAAUAUCCGUGAAUUACGGGCAAUCGCCAUUGCCAUUAAUAGUAAUCUAAGUGGCCGAGGAAUCGUUUCUCGGGCAUUCGAAGUCGACGAUUCUUUUUUUUUUUUUUCAAAUUGAAUUUGCAUCACACUGAAGGAAGAUUGGAAACGGAAGCGACGCGUGAGAUCAUGUACUAUCCUAUCUGUGCGGAUCCCUUCGUUUUAUCUAAGUUCCCAUACUCGUUAUUCAUUGGUAUAAUGUCAUUUGCUUCUAAUUAAUGUUAAUCCUCACACGCAUUAUUCGUAU